UCGUUUCCAUCCCUCACUCCCCACCAACGCCACUUCCAUAUUGCGUCUGCAGCCUUACGAGGUCGAUAUUAAUUGGUGUCAACGCAAUCCGAUUUGGCUAUUUCCUCUCGAACUAAUCCGGAACUGGUGCACUAUUCGUUGACACAUCUACUCACUCCGUCCCUUCCGGUCUUUGAUCAACCUGCGUCAUUCAUUGCGUCUUGAAAGACGUGUGCCACGGAGUCCUCUUUCGCAUUGUAUUUUGGCGGCUUUCUAGUCGCCGGCUUGUCAGGACGAUCAGCUACUAGAACCCGAGCUAGAUCCCUCUAGCUGACUGCUGUCCGCGUCAUCUGGGUCCUUAACUGGAAAUAAAAUCAAGGGCCUCCUGUUAACGAAAGGGAUUGCAGUUACACUUGAAGGGUUGCUUUGGAGGAUACUCAUAUUAUCAUGAAAGACGCUCUCUACUUACAAAGAAGAACGGAUGCGGCACCAAGGGUAGUAGGAUUUCCUGUUGAAAGAAAGUUUGUUCCAAAUCCAAUAUUGAGAGAUCGGUUACGGAGGAGAGCCAGUACAACAGUUCAAGCAUCGUUACAGAAUGAGGAAACAUUAUAUUUUGCCAAUGGCACAUUAGGGACUCCGGCGCAAAGUUUACGGUUACAUCUGGACACUGGGAGUAGUGAUCUUUGGGUGAACACACCAACCUCGGCGUUAUGUAAAUCAAAAGGCAGCCCUUGUGCAUCGGCGGGCACGUACACAGCCAACUCAUCCUCGACAUACUCAUACAUCGCCAGCGACUUCAACAUUUCCUAUGUGGAUGGAUCAGGAGCGUCUGGAGACUAUGUCUCGGACACAUUUACUAUUGGGGGAACGAAGUUGGAUAAGUUGCAGUUUGGGAUUGGGUAUACGAGUUCCUCAAGUGACGGGAUUUUGGGAAUCGGAUAUCAAAUCAACGAGGUUCAAGUUGGGAGAGCGGGGAAGGCAGCGUACAACAAUCUCCCAGCUCAAUUGGUUGCCGACGGGGUCAUCCAGUCGAACGCCUUCAGUUUGUGGCUCAACGAUCUCGAUGCGAGCAUCGGCAGCAUUCUGUUUGGUGGAGUUGAUACUGAGAAGUACACGGGCACGCUGACAACGCUUCCCAUCCAGAAAGAGUCGGGCUUCUUUGCGGAGUUUUUGAUCACUCUUACCGAGGUCACCCUGGGCAGCACGGUCAUCGCAAAGAAUCAAGCACAAGCUGUUCUCCUAGACUCGGGCAGCUCCCUCACCUACCUCCCAGACGCAAUGACAGAAGCAAUCUACGAGCAAGUCUCCGCACAAUAUUCCGCGCAAGAUGGUGCAGCUUUCGUGCCAUGCUCCCUGGCCUCGAACACCACUACCCUUGACUUCACAUUCUCGUCUCCUACCAUUUCUAUCCCCAUGAACGAGCUCGUUAUUCCAGCAACCACAGCCAAUGGCAGACCACUCGUCGAGGCCGACGGCACCAAGGUCUGUCUCUUCGGUAUUGCACCAGCAGGCUCAAGUACCGCAGUGUUGGGAGACACCUUCAUCCGAAGUGCGUACCUUGUCUACGAUCUUGCCAACAACGAGAUCUCCAUUGCACAAACCAAGUUCAACGCCACAGCAACAAACGUCGUGGAGAUCACCACCGGCUCAUCAGCCGUGCCUGAUGCAACCGCCGUCGCAAAUCCCGUAGCUGCAUCAGCAGGUACAGGAUCAAACAAUGUUGCUAGUGGGUUGGGAACUUCGACCUCGAAAGCAGCAGCACAAAGAACGGCCGCACCAGUCCACUUCGGCGCCUUCGCUGCUGUCGGCGCUGGAAUGUUUUACGCAGCCAUGUAAAUAUCGGGAAAGGUUUAAUGAUAUAUUUAUUCUGUUGUUUAGAGCGGCAUGUUAUACAAGCAUAUUUCUGGGUCCGGAGCGUUGCAUAUGCAUGGCGUUUUGGGAAGAGGAAAGGAGGGUAUCGGGGACCUU